AGCCUACUGCAACCGUCUCGAAGAAAGUCCGCCAUGACAACGUCCACGUCCUCCCGCAGACACCUCAGCUCAUAGCUCUGCUGACGUAGGUGUGUCCCUUGCUGAAGACGUUUCGAGUCAAUCCCCGCCAACACCUUGAGCAGUAUGAUCCGCGACCACCGUACCAACCGUGCCGACUUUAUAUUCUACUCGAAUCGCAUCAUUCGUCUGCUCGUUGAAGAAGGCUUGAACCACCUGCCAGUCAUCCAGCAAGAGAUCACCACUCCCGUCGGCCGUCAUUACAAUGGUGUCAAGUUCGAGGGAAAGAUAUGCGGUGUCAGCAUUAUGCGCGCCGGCGAGUCCAUGGAGCAGGGUCUCCGUGAUUGCUGCAGAAGUGUACGCAUUGGCAAGAUUCUGAUUCAACGAGACGAGGAGACCAGCCAGCCUCGUCUCUUCUACGAAAAGCUCCCCGAAGACAUCAAGGACAGAUGGGUUCUCCUGCUGGACCCCAUGCUCGCUACCGGCGGAUCUGCACUGAUGGCUGUCGAAGUUUUGAGACAAAAGGGUGUGCCGGAGGAUCGCAUCCUCUUCCUCAAUCUCAUUGCCAGCCCCGAGGGUGCCGACAACUUUGCAGAAAAGUUCCCCAAAGUGAGAAUUGUCACCGCUUUCAUCGAUGAGGGCUUGGACGAGAAGAAGUGAGUCUAAUGCUGCUGCUGUUUGGAGUUGGGCGCUAAUGUUAUGAGUAGCUACAUCGUUCCAGGUCUCGGAGACUUUGGUGACCGCUUCUACACACUGUAGGACGGUCAAUCAUCCAAUUUACCACGCAGCUAGGACAGGAUACCAGCAUCU